AAGCAGAGUUGACGGCGCUGUGAAUCACUUUCACCGUGCUGCGUUCACGAGUAGCUGACUGUAGGAACUAGGGCUCGAUUCCAGUAUCGCUCUCAUUGUUGUGAGGGUUUAGAAUUUCCAUAAGGUUACAGGUGUACCGGUUGUGAUGGACCGCUGGAAGGGCAGAGUGGCUCUGGUGACCGGAGCCUCGGUCGGGAUUGGGGCGGCCAUAGCUAAGGAGCUAGUCCGGUCCGGUAUGAAAGUGAUGGGUUGUGCCAGGAACGUCGAAAAAAUACAGAAACUGGCAGCUGAGUGUCAAAGUGCAGGUUACAGUGGUGUUUUGGUGCCUUUCAAGUGUGACCUGAGUAACGAGGAGGAGAUUCUGUCCAUGUUCUCUGCCAUCAAAGCGCAGCACAGAGGUGUGGAUGUGUGCAUCAACAACGCUGGCCUGGCUCAUCCUGAGUCACUGUUAAAUGGCAAAACCAGUGGCUGGAAAAACAUGCUGGAUGUGAACGUUCUUGCAUUAUCUAUAUGCACACGUGAAGCUUAUCAGUCAAUGAAAGAAAGAAAUGUUGAUGACGGGCACAUCAUAAACAUUAACAGCAUGAGCGGACAUCGUGUCGUUCACAAGGCUGACAUACAUUUCUACAGCGCCAGCAAGUACGCUGUGACUGCCCUGACAGAGGGCCUAAGACAGGAGCUGCGUGAGGCAAACUCCCACAUCAGAGCCACAAGCAUUUCUCCUGGUGUAGUGGAGACAGAAUUUGCUCCACGUCUCUACAGAGACGAUGCUGAUAAAGCAUCUGCUUCAUACACUCAAUUUAAACCUUUGGAUGCAAUAGAUGUUGCAAAUUCAGUGACAUACGUCCUGAGUGCCCCUCCCCACGUGCAGAUUGGAGACAUUCAAAUGCGACCUGUGGAGCAGGUGUCUUAGUAUUGCACCACCUGACGUGUCUUUGCACCUUCUUCAUCGGAUUGAUUUACUACAUGUGUGAAAUAAAUUACAUUAUCUGAUCAUUGUAUUGUAAUUUUGCACUUUCAGAAUUAAAAUGUCUGAUUUGAAGAUGAAA